AGUCCAUCGAUUGCUCUGCGUGUGAUUCUGCUGUCUUGGGCUCGAUCGACGCUUUCCGGUUUGACGAGUUGAGUCUUCUGAGCAGUGUGUGGUUGAGUUGUGGAGCUCCAUAACGAUUUAAAGCUGACAGUCUGCCAGCAUGGGUCGGCGCUCCUCUGACAGCGAGGAUGACGGUCGGAGCAGGAAGAAGAGAAAACAGCGUCGCCGUUCAUCCUCCUCUUCCUCUUCUUUGUCCUCAUCCUCCGGCAGCAGGGUGACCACCAGCCGAAGUCGGAGGUCCAGUCGUCGGAGCCGAUCUCGCUCCAGAGACAGAGACAGAGACAGAGACAGGGACAGGAGGAGACGACGACGUUCCAGCAGCAGUUCAUCCCGCAGUUCAUCUCGCAAAAGGAGGAGUCGCAGUGCAGUGAGAGACAAAGGGAGGAGCCACCGCUCGUACAGGUCACGCAGCCGAGACAGGAGGUCUCAUUCUCGCCACCGACGUUCUCGCAGUAGGAGUGGCAGCCACAGCCGGCGAGGAAGCCACAGUCGUCGGAGGAGCCGCAGCCACAGCAAAGAGCGGGACCGGAGCCGGCGCAAGGGCCGCGACCGAGAGAAGGAGAGAGAGAAAGAGAGGGAAAGAGGAAAAGACAGAGACAAAGACAGAGAGAGGGACAAGAGUAAAGACAAGGCAGACAAAAAGGGGGACGCCGGGAACAUCAAAGGAAGAUUAGAACAUCUGACUCCAGCCGAGCAGGCUAAAGUUCGAAUGCAUAUGGUCCUGCAGGCUGCAGCUAAGACGGAUGAGGUGCUGAAGGCCAAAGUAGCCAAGAGAGAGGAGGAGGCCCGGAAGAAAUUAGAAGAAGAGGGAACUUCUCUAGAGGAGCAAGUGCGAAGGAUAAAGGAUAUUGAGGCCAUCGAGAGUGAUUCCUUUGUUCCUCAGGCUUUCAAAUCAUCCAGGGAUGAUAUAAAGACUGAGCCAGCUGAGGUGAAGCAGGAGUCAGAGAGGGCAGAUUCUCAGGAUGUCACUCUUCCCAUGUCCAUAGUCUAUAACGACAGUGACACACUCGCCCAUCCCAGUUUGUUCAUGGACAAGGAGAAGGCAGAGGAGCUGUGGCUCAACAGACUGGUCUCCCUGCGACAGGAGAGGCUCAUGGGAAGUCCUGUGACCUGAGAGGCACCAGAAACCCAGAGGAUCCUCCUCGUUUCUACACCUCAUUCACUCAGUCGAGUUUGCUUUUAUCAUGUUUCAAUGUCGGUCAUUUUCUAUCGGUCUUGUUUUAGGACAUCAUAACGUUUCUUACUUCACCCUUCCACUAAUUUCCCUUACCUGUUGUAAAGACUUAUGAGAAUUUGAGCAAAUGAACAGCUUUUUGUCCGGAUGUGUUGGAAUUUUUUUAAAUAUAAUUCAGUUAAACAAUGUGCUGUUCUUUAUUUGGCUUCAUUUAUUUUUAAUGGAGAUCUUACAGUAAGAUAAAGUGAUGUUUUACCAUGUGGAUGUAGCAUUUGAUACAGUUUUGUCUUUUGUAAUCAAUUCAGUAAAUAAAGAUAGCUGUGAUUUUUUGGGGGAAUUUUUUUGGAUUUAUUUAUAUAUAUAUAUAUUUUUUGGAUUGAUAACUGUCUUCUGCUUUUGUGGGUGCAUCAUGGAGAUAAACUUGUUUAAUUUCUUAUGUUCUUAAAGUAAGAUAUCAGAAGUAUCUUCAGAUAGAUAAAUGAGUCGCACUGCAAUACAGUAUCUUACUAAAAGUAGUCUGACUCACCCUGUGGUAAGCUUAUCUUUUUGGUCUGCAUCAGGAUUCAUAUAAGACUGGAGUAAACCUCAUCUCACCUACCCUAAACUUCUGUUCUCUUAAAUACACUGUUCUCUUAAGUACUAUUCAUUGAUCUAUGCUUAUGUUUAUUCACUGUUGUGUCGCAGUUUGAGCAGGGAAUCCGAGGCAGUGUAGAGUCCACACUCAGGCCUAUUUGUGGAACAGCCAGAUGGUGAAUCUAUACUGAGUCUGGGACACGGUGUGUCACUCCUGUACUCUCCAAAUAGUCAGUGUUGUAAUAAAGUAAUAAAUCAGAAUGAACAAAU